UCUUAGGCUGUCCAAGUUUGUGCCUGUCUAGCGACUGCCUUUCAUGUGCUGGAGGUACUUAGUAUAUUGCGCUCCUGUAGUGACCAGCACAAGUGACAUUACUACUCCCAGCACCCAAAUUUCAUUCCGACCAUAGUGUGUCACAUCAGACAGGCCUCGAUGAGAAAGAGCUCCUUAUCAUCUCUUUUUCAUUCGCGCAUUCCUUCAAUUCCGCCCUAGUGCACUGCACACUCCAGCCAAAGAUGCAACCAAAUAACUACCUCGCUUCCAUGCUCGAGCGUGUGAAUCAAGAGCGUGCAACAAAGAAUCUCCCACCUCUGCGAAUGCACAGUAAGCUGCAGGCGGCAGCUCAGCGUCAGGCUGACGACAUGGCAGCGAAUAACUUCAUGGGUCACACGGGAUCCGAUGGCUCUAAAAUGACGCAACGAGCUGCUGACGCUGGUUUCAGCGGUGGGGCAGUCGCUGAGAAUGUGGCUGCCGGUCAAAAGGAUGUGAAUGCAGUGGUGGAGUCGUGGAUGAAGUCUCCUGGCCACCGUCGCAACAUCCUGGGCAACUACACUGUCUUCGGUGCGGCGUACGCGUUCAACCGGUCAAGUAGGUACAAACACUCGUGGUCGCAAAUGUUCGGAAGAGGAGGCAACGACGAUAUCGACGACGAGAAUGAAAUCCCCUGGACAAGCACUGGUCAUGAUUUCAGCCCCGAAUCAACGGACGAGAACUCGACAAGUGACUCCGAUUCUAUACGUCAGCAGCGGCAUGACGAGGGAAGGACGGUGAGAGAAGUAACUUGCACGGGUUGCUGGUGUUUUGGAGCUAGAUUGAAGAUACUGGGUUUUUAAAGUAAAUCUUAGCUUUACUGUUAAUAAUUGUUAGCGUAGCAGCUCAUACCUACUCUUCU